AUGCGUACUGGCGUCCAUGGAGGCGGGGCCUCAGCGCAUUGGGUCGCUGGUGUGUGCCUGAGAGGGAAGGUGUCCGCCAGUGAUGGAGCGCGCAUGCGUGUGGUCAUCCUUGGGGGCGUGGCUUCGUGUACCCGGGAGCCCGAUGAGGGGAGGCUGAGCAGGCGCCUGAGGCUUCGGCUGUCUUCCCAAGGCUUUGUGAGUAAGAAAGUGUUUGCCAUUUCAAUGAUGAGUGACAUUCUGAGAUGUGGCCAUCGACUUCUCCCAGGAAGAGUGGGGAUUCCUGAACCCUGCGCAGAGAGAACUGUAUACAGCGGUGAUGAUGGAGAACUAUCAGAACCUGUGUGGGAAAUCCUUCAGGCACCACCCAACUCUAUUCAACAUCAGAGAAUCCACACAGGAGAGAGACCCUAUAAAUGUACCGAGUGUAGUAAAACCUUCAAUCAGAGGGCACAACUUAACCAGCAUGAGAGAACUCACACGGGUGAGAAACCUUACGAAUGUAAAGAAUAGGAAGAACUUAGUCAGGUGACUCAUCUUACUCAGCACCAGAGUAUGCAUACCAGAGAAAAAUUCCAUGAAUGCAGUGAGUGUGGAAAGGCCUUCAGCUCUUUCUCAGCCUUCAUUGACCACCAGAGAAUUCAUCGUGGAGAAAAACCCUGUGAAUGUAAGGACUAUGGCAGAACCUUCACUCGGAGUGCACAGCUCAUUCGACAUCAGAAAAUCCAUUCUGGAGAAAAACUCUACGAGUGCAGUAAGUGUAAGAAAUCCUUCAUACAUCUCUCUUCCCUGAUUGAGCAUCAGAGAACUCACACUGGAGAAAAACCCUAUCAUUGUGAGGACUGCAAAAAGACCUUCUGCCGUGUGGUGCAGCUCACUCCACACGGGAGAAUUCAUACUGGUGAGAAACCCUACGAAUGUCAGGGAUGUGGAAAAGCCUUUACCUGUCGGUCCCAUUUCGUUAUUCACAGGAGGAGUCACACAGGAGAAAGGCCCUACGAAUGUCACAUUUGUGGGAAAAUCUUCAGUAACCACUCUUCGCUUGUGAUGCACGAUAGGACACACAGUGGCAUGAAACCCUUUGGAUACCAUGCAUGUGGGAAGGCCUUUAAUACUUGGUCAUCACUUUGUCAACAUAAGAGAAUUCACACUGGUGAAAAGCCCUUGGAUUGCCUCACGUGUGGGAUGGCCUUCAGAUGCAGGUCUCACCUCACUCAACACUGGCGAAUUCAUAUUGGAGGAUAUUCACCAAAGCCAACAAGACUUGAAAAUGUUUAUAUUCUCAUUGUUUAA